AUGGGUAACACGGAUAAGAAUAUGGAUUACUGGGUAAAGAAUCUGAAUCUCACCGCUCACAAAGAGGGUGGGUAUUUCAAAGAAGUUCUUCGCUCAGACACAACGAUGGAGACACCCAGAGGUGCUCGAUUUUAUUACACUAGCAUCUACUUUUUACUAACACACAAUAACCCAUCUCACUUCCAUCGCAUUCAGUCUGAUGAAGUGUGGUAUUAUCACGCCGGAUCCCCAUUGACAGUUCAUGUACUUCACCCAGAUGGUGUGUAUGAAAAAAUUUUGGUGGGUCCUAAUAUCGAUAAUGGUGAGGUUUUACAGGCAGUUGUUCCGAAAAAUGUUAUUUUUGGUUCAAGUGUUGAGGUUGAGGGAAGUUUUUCAGUGGUGAGCUGUAUGUGCUCCCCUGGGUUUGAUUACAGAGAUUUUGAGCUCUUCACAAAGAGUGAGCUUAUCUCUCAGUAUCCGAAUCAUGAUGCUAUUAUUAACAAGCUUGCAUAUGAUAAGAUUCCCUCUUGA